AUGAGACACCGCCUAGAUGACUAUUGGACACAUAUCCACCCUAUCCAGCUCGCUCUGCUUGGAAUUUGUCUCUCCUGGCGAGAGAUCGGACUCGGGCUCCAUGCCGAUGUAGUCGCCGCGAACAACCCUUUGCUGCUUUUCGAAAACGGAAAACGCCAAUAUAUCGCCAUCUUCUUCUUUGACAGCUCCAUAUCUUUCCCCAAGCUGUCGGCCAUCUGCUUCUACGCGCGCAUCUUUCCCUCCCACAACAAAGCCUUCCGGUACAACCUCUGGUUCGCCGGCAUUCUGGUCACCGCCUGGACCAUCUCAUCCAUCGUUUCGACAAUCUUCCAAUGCACGCCCAUCCCAAAGGCCUGGAACCCGACUUUACCCGGGCACUGCGUCGACGACUUCCCCUGGUACCUGUCCACGGCUGUCCUCUCCACCGCCGUCGACUUUUACAUCCUGCUGCUCCCGGUCCCCAUGAUAUGGGGGCUGAAAACCUCGCUGAGGCGGCGCUUGUACCUGCUAGGCGCCUUCUUCCUGACCUACUCGGUCAUCGUGAUCUCGCUCGGCAGAAUGGUGUCGACGAUCGAGCUCAUCCCGACGGUCCAAAAGGACCUGACGUGGCGGUUACCGCAGUACCUCUACUGGGCGGUCAUCGAGGGGUCAAUCUCCAUCGUCAGCAUCAGCGCGCCUAACAUCAUCGCGCUGGUCAAGGCGCUCGCGAGCCCGACGACCAAGCGCCCGCGCAUCGGCGACAAGGGCAGCGAUAACAGCUACGACUCGAAAUUCGCCGCGCGGUCCGGCAACAACGGCUCCGGGGCCGUGCCGGGGCGGCCCGUGCACACCUACGACGACGGCGGAUACAGCCAGACCUACUUUACGGUGCAUCUGUACCUGAAUAAUUUGCAACGAGAAGUUGGGGACGAGGCAGAGCUGCGUGGAGACGCGACUUCGUUUCUCUCCAGGGAUGGCAAGCGCAAGAUGGAUAUAGACCCGAAGGCGGGCCGGGUGCUCAUCUUCCAGCAUUCCCGGCUUAGACACUCGGGUGACGACGUCACGGCCGGUAUCAAGUAUACUGUCAGGAUGGACAUCAUGUAUCGGUUACGUGAGGAUCGAUGA